CCCCUACUGGCGGCAGGCACGCAGGAUCUGCUUCAUGGAGCUCUUCACCCCCAAGCGGCUGGACUCCUACCAAUACAUCCGGGUGGAGGAGGUGCGCUGCCUCCUCCGGGACCUCUUCAGGUCCGCAGAGACGCCUGUCCUCCUCAAGGACUACCUUUUCGCUAUCAACCUCAACAUCAUGAGCCGCAUGGUGUUGGGACGGAAGUACACGCAGGAGCAGUCGUUGUCGUCGGGGGCGCCCGCGGCGUUCGUCUCGCAGGAGGAGUUCAAGGAGAUGAUUGAGGAGAUGAUGCUGCUUAACGGCGUCAUCAACGUCGGCGACUUGAUACCUUGGCUGAACUUCCUUGACCUGCAGGGCUAUGUGAAGAGGAUGAAGAUGCUGGGCAAGAGGUUCGACAGGUUCCUGGAGCACGUGCUCGACGAGCACAAUGAGCGGCGUCGGCGAGAAGGGGAGGCGUUCGUCCCCAGUAACAUGGUGGACGUGCUCUUGGAGUUGGCCGAUGAUCCCAGUCUGGAAGUCAAGCUCGAGAGGCAUUGCAUCAAGGCCUUCAUUCUGGACAUGCUCGUCGGCGGCACCGACACCUCCACCAUGACCAUUGAAUGUGCCAUCUCUGAGAUCCUCAAACGACCCGAUACCUUCGAGAAGGCAACCGGGGAGCUGGACCGGGUGAUCGGCCGCGGCCGGUGGGUAGAGGAGGAGGACGUGCACCGCCUGCCGUACAUCGAGGCCAUCGUCAAGGAGACCAUGAGGAUGCAGCCGGUGGCACCCCUGCUCGUACCUCGUCUCUCCCGCGAGCACACCACCAUCGACGGCUACGACAUCCCCGCCGGGACGGGGGUGCUGGUGAACGUGUGGGCCAUCGGGCGCGACCCGGCCGUAUGGGACGCUCCGGAGGAGUUCCGGCCGGAGCGGUUCGUGGGUAGCUCGAUCGACGUGAAGGGGCAGCACUUCGAGCUGCUGCCGUUCGGGGCGGGUCGGCGGAUGUGCCCCGGGAACAACCUCGGCCUGAAGGUGGUGCAUCUGAGCCUGGCCAACCUGCUGCACGGGUUCAAAUGGAGGCUACCGCCGGGGAUGACGGCGGAGGAGCUGAGUAUGGAUGAGAUGUUAGGGCUGACGACGCCGCGGAAGGUGCGGCUCCAGGCCGUGGUCGAGCCAAAGCUUCCGUCUCAUCUCUACAGCGCCUGAUGAUGCUGUGUUACCGGGUGGGCGGGGGGUCGACUAGUGGCAAAUUUCAGCUUUGCAUGGCUGUAUGUGUUGUUAAUUACUAGCUUG